AUGUGUCACAGUCUUGGUCUGAGUGAUGAGGUCGUUUCAAGGGAAGUUUUAUUUCAUAAAACUUGUUCAGGUCAUCCAAAUAUAAUCAAGUUGCUUGAUUUUGGGACAGAUAGAAAUUGGUUAUAUAUAGCCAUGGAACUAGCAACAGGCGGUGACUUAUUUGACAAGAUAGAGCCUGAUAUUGGGGUUGAUGAAGAGAUCUCACACUUUUAUUUCAAACAGUUGAUUAAUUCUAUUGAUUUUAUACAUUCAAAAGGUAUUGCACAUCGAGAUAUAAAACCAGAAAAUAUUUUGCUUGAUGCUCAAGGUAACCUCAAAAUAGCUGAUUUUGGUCUUGCUGCUGUUUUCAGAAAAUCAAGAGCAGGUGAAAAGAGACUUUGCUAUACACCAUGUGGAUCAGCACCAUAUAUGGCCCCAGAGUUGGUAUCAGGAAAUGGUUACGACCCUGAGUAUGCUGAUAUCUGGUCUUGUGGUAUUGUUUUAUUUGUAUUGCUUUCAGGGGAGACACCAUGGGAAGAACCAACUAAAGCAGAUCCAUUCUUUAGACAUUUUUCAGCAAAUGAUGGAAAAAUUUUAACUGAACCUUGGAACAAAUUUUCACCGAUGGUACUCUCAUUAUUACGUCUGAUUUUGAAAAUUUCAGUCGAUAAGAGAGGUAAAAUUGAUCAACUGAGGAAACAUAUUUGGGUGAAUCAAGAAAACAAAUAUUCUACUCCUGAUGGGUUAUGUAAAGAUUCAACAUUACUUACUUCCAAAUUAUUGGAAAAUAUGCAUAUCGGUCUUUCAGAUGAGCAAUAUGUUCAAAGUUCUAACAGUGAGGAUCAAUAUGACUCAAUUCAAGACCACUUCAUUGCUUCACAACCGGUGGCAGAUAUUGCAGCUAUGAUUGAUGAUGCGGAAGAUGAUCAAUUUAGUAGACUCAUUUCUACUCAACAAGAAUUUACUGAUUAUAACAAAGCACAAAUUGCUUCAAAGCAAGACUCAGAAAGAGAAAGUAUAUUUAAAAUUAUUUCCAAAGAUCCCUCAGUACUACAGUUCUCUAAAAACAAAAAACUUAGCGGAUCUCAAGCACCACAUUUUAAUUAUGCUGAUAGAUUAACUAGAUUUUUCUCAAUUUUACCAGCUGAAUCACUAAUUCCAAUCUUAAUAUCGGCUCUGCAUAGAAUUGGUAUUUCAACAGCAGGGUUCCAAGAUAAAAUCAUCAAUGAUCAUUCCCUAAAUAAAGGACCGGUUCAUAUUACUGUUCACACAGUUGAUAGAAGAAAGUCGUUCCUUAGAGGUAAUAUUAAAAUAUCAAGAGUUGAAAAUUUGAAGUUAAAAACAGUCGAUUUUGUUAAGACGAAAGGUGAUCCAUUGGAAUGGAGAAGACUUUUCAAGAGGAUCACUAUAUUGAGUAGAGAGGCCGUUUACAUAGAAGAAUAA